AUGGACGUCUCAAAUAUCCUAGCAUCACAUGCUGCAAAAUUUCAAUCUGUCACGGUUGAGAAAGAGACACCUCUCGACGUAGACACUGGCUUCCUGACUGUCACAGACCUCACCCCAAUCGACGAGGAUAGUUACAAGUACGACCGAUUAUCAAAUCUUGAAGAGUACCUACAGAUGACUGCUCGAGAUGGCAUCCAAGCAUUAGUCGCAGCACUCUACGGCCUGCCCACCCAACCGUCACCAGACGGCCCACUCGCCCAACUUCCUGCACCAAUAACACAACUACCUCGUACCAAACCCCUUCCCAAGCCCAAACCACCGACAAAAUGGGAACGUUUCGCUGCCGCGAAGGGUAUCCAGAAGCGUGUGCGUGACAAGAAGGUGUGGGAUGAAGAGCGACAAGAGUGGAUCAACCGCUGGGGCAAGGAUGGUAAAAAUAAGGAGAAAGAAGAACAGUGGAUUCAUGAAGUCAAGGCUGAUGCUCCCGUGGAUCAUGAUCCUGCCAAAGCUGCCCGUGAUGCACGGACAUCAAGGGUCGCCAAAAAUGAGCGACAGCGACUCCAAAAUAAUGCUCGUGCACAAAGCGCUGCUGGUGACCGGGAGGAACGUAAAAAGGAUAUUGAAAGGACACUGGCUACCACUCGAAUGAGUACUGCAAGCAUGGGCAGAUUCGACAAGAAGCUUGAGGGAGAGAAGAAAUUGAGAGGCGUCAAGCGCAAGAAACAUCUGUCGAGCAAGAAAAACAGGCAUCACUUGCCGUACUAUCGAAGUUGGACUGGCGAUGUAAAAAGAGCAAGAAAGGAGAAAGGCGCAGGCGAUGGUAUUCUCAACGUACGGAAGGCAAUACGGAAUGUAAGCAAGGGCAAAGGUGGUGUUGCUCUUGCUCGUGAAGCCAACAGAAAAGGAGCAAAGGGCAAACGAGGUGGUAAACGCUAG